UCCGUGGAACGUGGCUGGGUGGAACGCUCCCUCCGCCGUCGCAAUGUCUUCGAACUAUACGCGACUCUUUCGAGUGCUUUUUGUGAUCAUUCUGCUGAAGCUGUGCUUCCUGGUGAUCCUCUACUGGCGCAGCUAUGAGGGUGUCUCCAGCCUGGAGGCAGGGCUAGCCCAAUCGCAGUCACAGACCCGCCGCAUGGUUGACAUCUUCGAUCAGCUGCUGGUGGAUCGUAGGGAGAUGCCCAGCAUGGAGCAGCGCUUGGGCUGGAUUCGCCAGGAGAUGCCCUCGUUCCCGCUGGAGGAGCUGCUGCAGCGGCAGAGGCUGCCGGCAGGCCGCGUGGACUGUGGCCCGGCGCCGGAUCUGAUGAACAUUGACUUCCACAACACCUACUGGCAGCGGGCGCAGGCCGAGAAUCUCACGUACUACAUCUAUGGGGCGUACUACGAUGACCGGGAGGCAGUGCCCGAGGCACCGCUCGUCCGCCUGCUGACGAUGAUCAAUCAGCCGGAGGACAAGAGCUUCAAGUAUCCCGCGACUCACUGCCAGUUCUGGCUGGAGGGCCGUGCCAAGCCGCUGAUUGCGCCCGUCACGGAGCACAAGGUGAUGUGGCCCUUUGGCAGUGCCCCGCGACGCUACUACCCCACGCUGAUGGGCUGCCGCAUGCCCAAGGGACGGCAUCGCUGGGAGGUGCCGCAGAUGGUGUCGCUGGUGGCCGAUGCCUGCGACCGUGCCAGGAAUCUCCUCCGCGUGGUCUAUGAGGUGGAAUCACAGGCGGAAGGCGGAACCGCAGCCACAAAUGCCACUGAGCAGGAGUCCCCCCUCGAGGAGCCACCACUGCGCUUUGCUGUGUGCGUCAAGGCCAUGGAUUUUCCGUACGAGGACAAGUCCUGGCGACUGAUCGAGUGGCUGGAGCUGAUGCGCGCCCUGGGCGCCCACAAGGUGGUCUUCUACGAUGCCCAAAUGCAUCCCAAUAUGACGCGUGUGGUGCGGGACUAUGUGGCGGAGAGUCCCGGCUUCGUUGAGCUGCGUCCCAUGUCGCUGGGCCGCGGGGAGCCCCAUGCGCCGCCCCACUUCCACCACUACGCCAUGGAGGCGGACGGCUUCAAUCGCAUUCUCAACGAGAUGAUACCCUACAACGAUUGCUUCUACCGCAACAUGUACCUGUACGACUACAUCGGCGUCUUCGACAUUGACGAGGUGAUCAUGCCGCUGGGCAAUAGGACCACCUGGCCGGAGCUCAUCGAGAUCUCGCGUGCCGCCCCGGACUACGGCGGCGUGACGCCCGCCACCUGCAAGGAGUGGGUGAGCUUCUGCUAUCGGAAUGUCUACUAUCCGCGCUAUCCGGAGCGGCCCAAGGUGUAUCGCAAUCUGUCCAGCUCCUUCUACAUGCUGCAGCAUGUGGAACGAGUGCGGGAGCACUGCAAUCGCGCUGCUGCCACCAAGUGCCUGCACGACACACGCUUCGCCGUGGGGCUGCACAAUCACUUCACGUUCUACCACACGGAGAGGGCCAGCUGUCCGGCCAAGUCGGUGCCCAUUGAGUUUGCACAGAUGCAGCACUACCGCGAGCCGGACACCAAGUCCCUGCUGAUCGAUCCCAUUAUCGAUGCCAGCAUCUGGCGCUUUCAGCCGCAGCUGCAGGCGCAGGUCGAGCAGCGCUACCGCAGGCUCGGCUUUCUGCCCGACGAGCGCCAAGUGGCGGCGACCCACGAGCGGCAGCGCCUCGAGGAUGAGUCGAUGCUGCGUGAGGCUGUGCGACAGAAUUCGCCCUGAGUGAUUCACACAGAAUCAGGCU